AUGGACUUCAACCGCAGUACCCUGGGCGCGGCCACGCUCCUGGUGCCGAAGACGCCCACUCCAGCACCCUCGUCCACCACCAUGCCGAUGUGGGCCCACAACUCCUGGGUGUGUCUCUUCGCCGCCAUGUUGGCUGUCGCGAUUGGCGGGAACGCCAUUGUUAUAUGGAUAGUUACAGCUCACCGGAGAAUGAGAACGGUCACCAACUACUUCCUAGUGAACCUGUCAUUUGCUGACCUCAUGAUGGCUUCGCUCAACUGUCUCUUCAACUUCAUAUACAUGUUACAUAGCGACUGGGUGUUCGGAGUGCGUUACUGCCAACUUAGCAACUUCAUAGCCAACGUGACAGUUGCCGCUAGUGUCUUCACACUGACAGGGAUAUCUUUUGACAGGUACCAAGCCAUCGUGAGACCGAUGAGGCCGAGGAUGUCCAAGACUUGUUCCCUGAUCAUGAUCGCACUGAUCUGGGUGGGAGGCAUGCUGUUAGCUAUACCCUGCCUAUUGUACUCCACUACCAAGGAAUAUAAGUCUAAAGGAACCCUGAAAACCGCGUGCCUAUUGUCCUGGCCUGAUGGGCUGCCUGACGUCUCCUACAUGGAUUUUGUAUAUCAAGUGCUAUUCUUCGUAGUGACGUACGCUGUUCCAAUGCUGGGGAUGACGUUCUUCUACUCGGCUAUGGGACGGGUGCUGUGGGGCUCCAGGUCCAUUGGGGAGCUCACACAGAGACAAGUGGACUCGAUCCGGUCCAAAAGAAAGGUUGUGAAGAUGUUCAUCCUAGUCAUCGUGAUAUUUGGCAUCUGCUGGUUGCCGUAUCACUCCUACUUCAUCUACACUCACUUCAACCCCUCCAUUUUGUACAUGAAGUACAUACAGCAUGUGUACCUUGGGUUCUAUUGGCUGGCUAUGGCGAACGCUAUGGUCAACCCGAUUAUAUAUUACUGGAUGAAUGCCAAGUUCCGAACAUAUUUCCGUACGGCGAUUCUGUGCCGGUGGCGGGACGUGUUCCGGCGCCGGAAGCGGUCGCCGGAGUCGCCGCCGGAUUGCGUAUCGCAGUCCGGCAGCCGAUCCAGAUCAGGUAUAGAGGAACUCAGAGAUUCAAGAGGAAAUGCAGUGGUGGUAUGGCCGCGGCUGUCGUGUCGGAGGCCCGCAAGCCACCCGUCGCAGAAACCGCCUUCGCUUGCUAGUUGCCCCCGGUGCCCGCAUCGCACGUAUUAUGACGCGUAUAUCCACGGGCGCAAAGUGUAA